ACUAUGUGGAGUCCUUUAACAACUUAAAUUCUUAUUCAAACACAUAGAUAUAGAAUAUAUAUCCUUUUGAUGGCCAAAAUAAUUCCGCGUUCGUGGUGAAAGCAACCUAGUAAUUUCCUACGCACCACAUAACCCAAAUGGCCAACUUGUCGCCAGUAAAUGGGCUGCCGUCACGUCAUUGGUCUGCCAUAUUCUCGUCUAGAUGGUUCAGUUCGGGUGCGGUAUUGUGUUUGGUCCUGGUUUUAUGUUGGGCUGGGCUGCAGUAAUCAAUUUUAAUAUACCUCCCAAAAAAAGGCACCAACCAGGAUAUAUGUUUUUGAGGCUCUUGUCCUUGGUCUUUGCUAAUAAGCCCAUGUUGAGAUUGUGGGUCACAUAAUGCCAUACGAUUUCAGUCAGUCAAUCAGACAUUUCGACAGUCUGUCACUUAGUCAAUAUAUCGCUGCUUUGGUCGCAUUCAAUAUUUCAGUAUCAGCUAUCAAUUUUGUAUGUUAAUUUGUUUGCCUUGACGAAGUUUCCACUCUAGAAAUUUAAAAAACUGAAAGUAUGUUUUUUGAAAAACUGUCAAUUUUCGGAAACUAUGUAUAUGUACAAAAUUCUUGUUGUCUUUCUGGCUGUUUUUAUGAUCGACAAAAGAUGCUUGGGAACAUCAGCUCCAUCGUAUUUAGCCAAGGCUCAAGAAAUUAAUGCAAUAAGACUAUCUGAAGAAUGGCCAAGACUAUCUGUAUCUUCGAAACUCAACAGAGAUUGUAAAGAAUACGCGAGGCAUCUGGCUACCUUGAAUAUUCCAGAUCAAACACUAUAUUGGACUAACGAAGUAGAUGAGUUUGGUAAUAAAGAUGUGAUCAUAACAGAUCACAUAGCAUAUCCCUCUUCAGAUCCAAAAAAUACAAACUAUAUAGAAAGUAUUUGCGAGUUUGUGAAUGAAUCAUGUGCUUUAUACUGGUAUUCAAAGGGUGGACUAUUUUUUAGAAAUCACUUAAAGUUUCCAUCUAAAAUCGAACAGUCUUUGGCUGGUAAAUAUACUGCAAUGUUGUGGAAAUCAUCAAAAAAAAUAGGAGUUGGUAUAGCUCUUAAAAAUAGAAUAAAAAUAAGAGGUACAUAAUGGUUGUACGCUACGCGCCACCCGGCAAUGUGCCUGGCCAGUAUAAGCAAAAUUUACCAAAAUUUAAAUUAGAUUUAAAUGAAACAAUUACCAAUGAAAGUGCUUUCGUCAAGAAUUUGUACAUUCCUGUAUUAUUACUAAAUUUAUUAACAUUUAUUGUUAUGUAGCUGAAAGGCAUGUUCCUAGCAAAAUUGCCAGACGUCUUGGUAUUUUUUUAGUAUUUUUUGCAAUAUACGCAAGUAAAUACUAUUCAUAUAAAAAAAAACUAAAAAGAAAUCGAAAAAUAAAAUACUAUUCAGCCAUAGGAAAAAAUCAUUUAUAGAUUGCUUCAGACCAAGUUCGAGUUUCCUGUUUUCCUCGGGAUGGCUCGUUAAACUGUGAAAGACCGUAAAAAAAGGAGAAUCAUAAAAAAAAAAAAUGAGAAUAGAGACUCCAAACGAUUGGCUGCCACAAAUGAACGGGGCGCAGGCGAGUAAAUCAUUUUACAAUGGGCCAAAGGCCGACAACGGCUUUAUGGCUAAAAUGAAGGACAAUCAAGUAAUAGCUGGCGAUUUUUACGAUGACACAAAACUACAUAAUAAAAGAUAUAUCAGCUACUACCACUGUCCGUCCCUGUCCAAGCGGCUUUGGAAUUCAACAAGCUCUGCCUAAUGCCUAAAUCGUUACAUUUGGCACGCCAAUGUCGGCGAUGCAUGUUGGCAAUCACUCUUCCGCCAGUUGGACUCCUUGGACUUUUUCAAUUUUCCAAUCCCCCCGGUGUGCUUUGCCGGCUUCUGACUUCUCCUGGUUCAUAUCGAAAUGGACGCACAUCACGCAAGCCAAUAAUCCCUGUCAGUUCUAUAUAAUUAUGCAUAGAAUAAGUCUUCAAAAUCA